CAUGGAGGCUGGGAUGUAUUAGAUUGAGGUCUAUUUUAGUGAGAUGCUAGUAGUAGAAGACAUCUUUGGCAUAUAUGGUUUGCUCACCACAAGCUGAUGGUGGUUACAGUUCUCAAUCUUAGUAUUAUAAUAUCCUCUGACACUGACUGGGUUAAUAACACAACAAAUAUAACCUGGCAAUUACAAAAGUGAUAGUAAUUAUUUGAUUUCACUAUUACCAUAUCUUAAUAGUAUUCAUUGCAUUUGUUAUUUGUCAUUCUGAUGACCUUCAAAAGCUUAGAACUAGUAUUUUUCCAUGCCGAUAACUAAAAUGAUAGAAAAUGAGGGGGGUGGGGUGGAGCUAGAGCUAAAAUGUAUAUGUUUGUAAGAUUGAGAGUAAAGGAAAGGAAUUUUUUUUAACAACACCUCAGCACAUUUUAAACUUGAGGUAUUUGAAAUGAAUGAAUGGUUGUUUAACAACAUUCCAGCUUAAAAACACAUUGACUAUUGGGUAUCAAAGUUAAAUAUAUGAAACAUCAGGAUAAAAAUACUGCAUUUACAAUAAAACCGGGUGGGAUCUAGCUCAGUCAGUAGAGCCCUCCGCUGAGAUGCCUGCAUUGUACGAUCAAACCACUUCAGCUUAAAAACACAUUGACUAUUGGGUAUCAAAGUUAAAUAUAUGAAACAUCAGGAUAAAAAUACUGCAUUUACAAUAAAAACGGGUGGGAUCUAGCUCAGUCAGUAGAGCCCUCCGCUGAGAUGCCUGCAUUGUACGAUCAAACCAAUUCAGUGGACCCAUUCGCUGAUUUUUAAAAACAGAUUUCCCCAUUUGGUAAUUUGAUUUAUAAUCUUAGAGACGAAACCUGCUACAUUUUACCAUUUGUAGCAUGGGAUCUUUCAUAUGCACCAUCUAACAGACAUGAUGGUACAUACCAAUGCCUUUGAUAUACCAGUUGUGAUACACUGGCUGAACGAGAAAUAGCCUAGUGGGCCACCGACAGUGAUUAAAUUCAAGACUGCCUGCACAUCAGGGAAGUGUUUUACCACUGGGCUAUGCCCCACCCCUAAUUGGAUAGAGAUGCUGGGAUGUCAUUUCUGUAUUUAUUUUAUUUCAGCUUUUCUUGCUAUAAAAUAAUUUUCACAAAAUCAACAAUUUGAUCCAAAAUGCCGAAGAAAUACCAAUAUUAACUUUUGGUGGUAUUUCAGCUAUAUAUAUAAAGAUUGUUUCAGCGUUUAUUUCCAAAAGAGUAUCAUGUAUACUCCUGCAAUAGGCAAGGAACGGUUGUUUGAGGACACAGUAUUUAAAUUAUGACUAUUUGAUAACCGACGUAUGAUUAUUGUGAUACUUGGUUGAGAGGGGGGAGUGGGGAGAGUCUGCUGUCACAUUACAAGCUACUCCAGGAAGGAAGCCAGUACAUACCACGACCGUUGUUGUACCAGUUGUGGCAGCACUUGUUGGGUUGGGGGGAAACCUAUGUCCCUCGAGGCUCAAUCAAGCAAAUGUAGAGAUAACCAUACAUGUUAUAAAAUUAUUGCAUGUUAGGCCUAUAGCAUAAUUUAUACAGCAGUUCCUGGACAAUUGUUAUUAUAGAAAUAAAUUAAUGUUUAACAACAUAAAAUCAUUAAUUGAAACACCAAUUUUGGGCUAUUUACAAUUAAAACUAAUAGUGUGUUACGAAGUGGAAUGCACCUUUAAUUUUGGCCCGUUUUUCAUGCAACAGUAUAUACAUAGUUGUUUCCCCUGAAGAAAUAUUUUAUUGAAAAAGGUAUAAUACUGUGAACCCGGAAGUAUCAACGUGAAAAAUGAAAGACGAUCUGUCAGUCUUGUUAGCAUCAUUUGCUGUUUACUCAAACUUUUAUGCGAUAAUAACAAUUGUCUUAUCUUUUGUGGCAAUGACAAUAUUCAUUUUAAGAUUAAAUAAUGGUUUCCAGUUUCAAACCAGUCGAGAGAACACCAAUCAGGAUAUGAUGGUGGAGCAGCCAAUUAUUUAUCAGUCAAACCCAUUUUGCAUUACUCUCAGUGAAGUAUCACCGUCCAGUUUGAAAGAUGGUUUAGCCAUUUAUCUUUCAUCACUCUGCUCUGGAAACCUGACUGUGUUUUGGGGUCCGAAGAUUGAAGCAGUUUUUACCGCCAUGGCUCAAGAUUCGGACACAUUUCUUACAGAUCUAGAACAGGGCAAAUAUUUACAGGACAAAUGUUUAUAUGCUGAACAUGUUAAAAGGUUGGAACCUGACAGUAACCAGGAGAUCCACAUUGCCUGUCCUUCAGAGGUAGAAGAAAGUCACUUAGGACAAACACCACGUAAACAAUACUCGUGUAUUCUGAUAGCAGCCCUGCCCAGCAGCACGCAGUACCAUGGCAGUGAGAUAAUAGCUACUUUAUCAAUAGUUCAUUUAAAGGAUUCUCUGCUCAGCAUGGAAUCACAGGUCCUCAACCAGUUUAUCAAGACAGCAGAUGGCAAAGUUUAUAGUGUGAGGCCUAUAUAUUUAGCAACAAAUCAGGACAAUUCUUCAGAUAGUAACUUGAAUACAACCAGAUCCAGAAAUCACAAGAAGAAUACUGAUACAGACACUGAUGAACAGAUGCAUUCAAGAAAUUCUUCAACUAAUGCUUUAUCAGAAGAAACUUCCGAGAUGACGGCCACUAAUUUCCACACGACUACCCCUGAUAAUGUUACAAAUAUACCAGCUGAGCUUACACUGGAACAUUUAAAAAAUGAUUCGAGAGGUGAAAACUCAGCCAAUGUCAGUGACACUUCCAGUGUUGAAGAAUCAAGUGAUGUUAAUAACGCCUCCGAUGUAGAAGAACUGGAUACAAUGUUAGAUAGUUCAGAAGAAGAGGAUGGGAAUGUAUUCAAUUUCCCAGAAUGCAUUGUUUGUCAGAUCCGACCUCAGUCUCGUGCCUUGUUGCCAUGUCGACAUGCUUGUGUUUGUCAUGUGUGUUUGAAACAGUUGACCCGGUGUCCCAUGUGUCGGGCGUACAUCGAGUCGUAUUUCAGACUGUUCCACAGUGUUGAUGACGAUAUGGAGGAAAGUGAGACCCCGGUACCAGCAGACUUUGGGUCAUGGUUAGUUCAUCUUAACACAAGACUUAACGAAUAUCUAGGUUUUACGUAAUUACACGUGUACAACCUACUGGACUUAAUUUAUUGUAAUUUAUGGACAGUUUUGUAUCAGCAGACUUUGGGUCAUGGUUAGCUCAUCUUAACACAAGACAAUAUUAUAUAAUUACAUGUGUACAACCUACUGGACUUAAUUAAUUUAUUGUUAAUAAAUGGACAUUUUGUGAUGAAGAAACUUAUACCAUCAAUAAAGUCAAACUGAUAUAUAGUUGGGUUUGUUUUGGCAUGUAAUCACAGUAACUUUGUGUAAUCACAGAAAAAUACAGUAACCUAUGAAAUCCAGUCAUCUCAAUUUAAAAAAAAAAGAGAUUUUGCUCCAUAAUAAAAGAAUAAAUUUUAU